AGCAUUGCUGUCAGUCCCAAACAGGGCUUUGGACCACCAGCUGAAUCUCUAUCUGAGAGUGACGCUCAAUACACAUUAGAGAAACUGAUAAACCAAAAACUCCCCAGUUGUAUUAGCAAGUGGCGGAUAUGUCAUCGCCUUCCAUCCCUCUUCCUCCAUUGCCCCCCAGCCCCCUGGCCAUGGAGUACCUAAAUGACUUCGACCUGCUCAAGUUUGAGUCUGGGUUGCAUGAGCGCUUUUCAGACGAGCAGCUCGUGAGUCUGUCUGUGCGCGAGCUGAACAGGCACCUGCGUGGCGUGAGCAAAGACGAGGUGGUGCGUCUGAAGCAAAAACGUCGCACUCUGAAGAACCGAGGCUAUGCUCAAUCGUGCCGAUACAAACGCCUCCAGCACCGGCAUGCACUUGAGUCUGAGAAACACAUCCUCACACAGCAGCUGGAGCAGCUACAGUGUGAGCUGUCCCGUGUGCUAAGAGAGCGAGACGCCUACAAGGCUCGUUACGAGAAGCUUGUUAACUCCAGCGAGGCCCCACCCACUCAGACCAACAAUCCAACGUCUCCUCCCACAGACUAUUUCCUCUGAAAGGAAAGCAGGAAAACAAACGGACAAACU